GGGCGGGGCUACAAGAUGGCGGUCCCCGUCUAUGCUCGUGCAGUGAGGGCGGUAUCAGGAGUCUUACGGCCCCUGAACAUUUUGGUGUCUUCAGCCUAUCAAAACUAUGUCAGGAAUGCCUGUCUCAGUUCUGCACUGUCCGCCCGACAUUUUCGUUCUCUUCCAAUGCCAACUGUUUCCUCUGCUCCCGGACUUAGCACAUGUGUCAGAAACCUGACAUGUGGGCAUACUCCAGCAAUCCUCAACAGAGUGGCCCCCUUGCUUCCAAAUGUCCUGAAGCCACCAGUCAGAACGGUUACGUACUUCAGCUCCCGGAAGGGGAAAAGAAAGACUGUGAAAGCUGUCAUCUAUAGGUUUCUUCGACUUCAUUCCGGCUUGUGGGUGAGGAGGAAGGCUGGUUAUAAGAAAAAAUUAUGGAAAAAGACGGCUGCAAGAAAAAGGCGCUUGAGGGAAUUUGUGUUCUGCAAUAAAACCCAGAGUAAGCUUUUAGAUAAAAUGACAACGGCUUUCUGGAAGAGGCGAAACUGGUAUGCUGACGAUCCUUACCAGAAGUAUCAUGAUCGGACAAACCUGAAGGUGUAGAUGGGAAGUUUUA